AGUAUUCGUCUAAAGUUCAAAGAGCAAUGCAUGUCUGGUGAUAAGCUUGCAGCACACAUCUUAAACCUUGAGAUCCCAACCUCUCAACCGCAGUUACUCACAUCACAACCAUGGACCUCCUCGGUGUCCUGGUGACUUGUCUGUCCUGUCUGCUUCUUCUUUCUCUGUGGAAGCAAAGCUAUGCCAGAAGGAAGCUCCCCCCUGGACCCACUCCUUUCCCGAUUGUUGGAAAUCUCCUACAGAUUAACACCAACAACAUCAGCAAAUCCCUAGGCCUGCUAGCAAAAGAAUAUGGCCCCGUGUUCACCCUGUAUUUUGGUACAAAGCCCACUGUGGUAUUGUAUGGAUAUGAAGCAGUGAAGGAGGCCCUGAUUGAUCUUGGAGAAGACUUUGCUGGCAGAAUGAAUUCUCCAAUGAUUGAUUUAUACGCCAAAGGAGCAGGAAUUAUUUUCAGCAAUGGAGAACUAUGGAAGGAUACUCGGCGUUUCACCCUCACAGUUUUGCGAAACAUGGGGAUGGGAAAGAAAACUAUUGAGAAUCGAAUUCAAGAAGAAGCCUUGUGUCUGGUACAAGAAUUAAAGAAAAUCAAUGCGUCUCCCUGCGAUCCUUCUUCUCUUCUCUUCUGUGUUCCCUGCAAUGUUAUCUGCUCCAUCAUGUUCCAGAAUCGUUUUGACUACGGUGAUCCAGAGUUUCAAACCUUGCUUAGGCACUUUCAAGACAGCAUCAAACUUUUUAAUACUCCCUGGAUACAGCUCUACAAUACCUUUCCCAUUAUGCAUUACCUCCCAGGAAGUCAUCAGAAGUUAUUUAAAAUCUUUGAGGAACAAAUGAAGUUUUUCUCAGAGAAAUUACAGGAACAUAAAGCAUCUCUGGACACUAGUAAUCCUCGAGACUUCAUCGACUAUUUCCUGACUAAAAUGGAAAAGGAACAAAAGAACAAAUGGUCUCAGUUUAACAUGCACCACUUGAUCAUCACCAUAUGGGAUGUGUUUGAUGCAGGGACACAGACAACAAGCUCCACAUUGACAUUCGGACUCUUGCUCCUUAUGAAGUAUCCUGAGGUUGCAGCUAAAGUCCAAAAAGAGAUUGAGCGUGUGAUUGGCAAAGACCGGAGCCCCUGCAUGCAGGACAGGAGCCGCAUGCCCUACACGGAUGCUGUCAUACACGAGAUCCAGAGAUACGUUGACCUCGUCCCUAACAAUGUGCCCCAUUCUGUGACUCGGGACAUUCAGUUCAGAGGAUACCACAUUCCAAAGGGCACAGAAAUAAUACCAUCUCUGACUUCUGUCCUGCAUGAUGAGAAAGAGUUUCCCAACCCUGAGAAGUUUGACCCUGGCCACUUCCUGGAUGCAAGUGGCAACUUCAAGAAGAGUGACUACUUCAUGCCUUUCUCCACAGGAAAAAGAGCUUGUGUUGGAGAGGGCCUGGCCCGCAUGGAGCUGUUUAUAGUCCUGACCACCAUCUUACAGCAUUUUACCUUGAAACCUCUGGUUGAUCCAAAGGAUAUCGACCCCACCCCAGUGGUUAACGCCUUUGCCUCUGUUCCACCCUCCUAUGAGAUGUGCUUUGUUCCCAUUUAAGAAAAUACCUCACUCCAUCCUAGCAAGGCAAAUAGUUUCAGGCAUAUGUGUCACCUGUUACCCACCCUGUCCUCACCA